UAGUACUUCACUGAUUGCCUCCUAUUGUAACGUUCAAAUGUCAGUCGAUAUCUUUUGUUUUUAUAAACGCUGUUGUCGGUCUUCUGCGUCUACCGAAAUUAUUAUUAAAAGUUUAAUUUUUAUAGUAAUUUUAAAAUGGAUAAUUUGCCGCCACAGCAAGAUCGCGAAAAAUCGGAAAAGAUGAAGAUGGUCAACCAGGUAAAGCACAUCCCCAAAGACGCCCAAGUGAUAAUGUCCAUUCUCAAGGAGCUGGGUGUAAGUGAUUACGAACCUAGAGUUAUCAAUCAACUGCUGGAAUUCACUUAUCGAUAUGUGACUUGUAUUUUGGAUGAUGCAAAAGUGUUCGCCAACCAUGCCCGGAAGAAGGUGAUUGAGCUGGACGACGUGAAGCUUGCCACUCAAAUGAUCCUGGAUAAAGCUUUCACCAGUCCUCCGCCUCGUGACGUUUUACUAGAAAUCGCUCGGAAUCGGAACAACAUUCCUCUGCCGUUGAUCAAGACUCACUGCGGGCUCCGAUUGCCCCCGGAUCGUUACUGCCUGUCGGCAUGCAACUACAAGCUCCGGGCUGUUCAACAGCCGAAAAAGAUGAACAAAUCGGCCAUCGAAUCGCGAUCGACGCUGAAAACCCCCAUGGGCAAAGGAGCCACCACAUCGACGACGACCGGUGUCAAACGGCCAGCUGUCCAGUCAACUCCCAAAACGCAGGUUGUGACAAUUCCCAAACCGGUUUUCAAAUUCACAUCGACGGCCGCCAAAAGUUCCGCUUCGACGAAGACCGUCAAGGCCAUCAAUCCCGUUGGAGGCGAAGGGCCUAACGGGAUUGAAAUCAAAACGGAAGUGGUGGAAGAUCCCCUGGCUUUCGGUACGAGCGACACCGAAGUCGGAAGUAUGAAGCGGAAACGGGAGGAGGAUGACUUUGAAAUAGUUCAAUAAGAAUAGGUAAGUUUCACUAUUUUUUCAAAUUUCUCAUUGUGGGUUCAAUAUGUAAUUUUCUAAAAUAGUAAAAGAAAUCAGAAAUGAUUUUUCAAUUUUAAUAAACAAAAGCUAAGUAA